AACCACUGUACAGAGUAGGUAAGUGUGACGUUUGUUAUUUUUAUAGAAAAAAAAACAAGACUUUACAAUCACAUUAAGACUGAACAGACACUAUACAAUUUAAUUGUACAAUCUCUUUUAGAUCUGCCAUCAACUGUGUAAUAUAGGGGCCUGACUCACAUGAUACUGUUAAAUGGAUUGUUUUAGGUUUGUCCUCAUAUUAUGUAGUUUUAGUAAAUCUAAAGAGCAUUGUAUAAAGAUUGUACAAUAAAACUGUAUAGAGCAUGGGCAGCCUUAGAUUUUUUUUGUUCAGCCCACACAUUGAAUGAAAAUAAUGUAAGAGUGCUUGGCCAGCUUUAGUAUUCAACAACCAAAAAAAAAAAACAGAUACCAAACUAUAACAUGAUUUUUUAUUAACAUACAUACAUGAACGCACACAGAUUUACAGAUGCAGACAUACACUGCCCCGUUUAUUUGUGUUUUAGAAGAAACCUUUUAUUUUAUUUAGCAUUUAUUGUCUUAAAAAAUAUAUUGUUUGAACUAUUCUUGCAUCUCUGUACAUCUGAUUUCCUGCAGUCUCUUUCAGACACUUCCUGACUACAUGCACUUGCUCCAGCAUCAGCAGCACAUUAUUGCCCCAGAAAAAGCUUUCCGAUAGUGACAAUGGUGACACUUGUAGUGUCCACCAGAAGCAUGUGUGACAGGGUGACAACACAGAAUCACAAAUGAGAUACAGUUGUCAGGCAGUACCAAUAAAAGCCUGAAUAAGGACAUGCAUGGCAGUUGGACGGGGUCAUUUUUAAAUCAAGGCUUUAGAUAUAAUAGGAUUGAAGCAUGUUAAAGAUAAUAUGAGAUUUUAGUGAUUGGGUUUUGAUCUACUUUAAGCAGGAGAUAUGAUAUAGUACAUAGCAACAGUAUGAAUGGUUAUUAUCAUUUAAGAACUUAGUACAGGUUACUGCAAUGCUGCCCUGAAAUACCUCUAAUUGCCUUAUAAACAGCUUCAUGUUUAACAAAACACAGGUGCUGUUCUAUCUCUCAUGUAUGAUGUUCAAAUUAGUCUUUUCAAAAAACUUGGAUCCAAAUACAGUAGCAUCAAACAGCCCAUAGCAUCAUUUAAAAUGUAUGAAAUGUACUUGAUUUUAUCUAUGUCGUGUGUUUCAGUGUUCCACAGCUCCAUCUAUGAAAUCGUGAUGUUAUUACUUUUACCAAAGAAACCUGCUUUUACCUCCUACCACUACAAGCAAGCACCGCAUAAAGAUGAAGAACUUUUGACCUUGCUACAAAAUAAAGAGUAUACAGAAAACAGACUGUUUCCAUGGGGACACCGUGACUCACUGCCACACCUGUGAUUACAGUAUCUGCAGGUAUCGACUGUUGGCAUGCCGACUAUGAGAAGUGAUCAUGAUGACAACCUUCAGUCAGCAGACAGUUUGCAGCAUUCAUGUCACCAUUGAUUUUGGACAUAGUCUCCAUGUAGAGCUGGCAAAGGGAAGUAUUAGACUGCAUGAUGGAACCAAACCAUUGUCAAGAUAUAAACGAGAAUGGAUUAUUCCACCAGUUUCAAUUAAAGAAGAAAUGGACAAUAGCUACAAAAAUCCCAUUGCAAGGAUCCGAUCUGAUAUUAAGAUGGACCCAAGAAAGAGAAUUCGCUACAGCAUAACUGGUAGAGGAGUGACAGAACCACCACUUGGCUUGUUCAUUAUUGAUGAAAGGACAGGAGACUUGAAUGUAACUGGAAUUGUGGACAGAGAAGAAAUUGACAUGUUCUUUUUAAAAGGUUAUGCCAAGGAUGAGACUGGAAAGGAUGUGGAACCUGCUAUAGAUCUUCGAGUUAGUGUUGAGGAUAUUAAUGAUAACAGUCCAGUGUUUACCAGCGAAGUUUUUGUUUGUUCAGUUGAAGAGAUGUCUACUACAAAUACACUCAUUAUGGUUCUAAAUGCCACAGAUGCGGAUAAGCCUAACACCAUAAAUACCAAGCUUGCCUACAAAAUAAUUUCCCAAGAACCAGGAGACAAACUCCUUUUUUUACUGACAAAGGAUGGUGAAGUCCGCACAACAUCAACAACACUUGACCGAGAGCAACAAGCGAGCUACAUGCUGGAGGUUGAAGUAAAAGAUCGGGAUGGAGAUCCAAAUGGAGGUCUUGCUGGAACAGCCAAAGUGAAAGUCAAAGUUAUAGAUGUAAAUGACAACAUUCCUGUUCUCGAAAAAGAAGAGUACUCAGGCGAAGUGGAAGAAAAUGUUGAGGGUGUUGAAAUAUUGCGUAUGAAAGCACUUGAUGACGAUGAAGAAUUUACAGAUAACUGGUUUGCUAAUUUUACUAUAUUAUCCGGAAAUGAAGGGGGCCACUUUCAGAUCAUAACCGAUGAGCAAACAAAUGAAGGUGUACUGAUGCUGGUGAAGGAAGCAGAUUAUGAAAUGAUGCAGAAUGCACAGCUGAGUGUGGUUGUCUCAAACCGAGCACAGUAUCACAGCUCCAUUAUGCACCUAGUUAGUGGAGGUAGCUCAUCCGGUGGAAUGACAGGUGGAGGUGGAGGUGGCGGCGGCGGCGGUGGCGGUGGAGGCGGAGUAAAAGCUGUUCCCAUUAGAGUGAAGGUGAAGAAUUUACGUGAGGGACCUGUAUUUAAGCCAAGAAAGAAGAACCUUGCUGUGGCUGAAGGAAAGACAAUUAUAGACUCAGUAAUUGGUUCUUAUCAAGCAUUUGAUGCUGACACUGGAAAGAUUGCAGAACAUGUUAAGUAUGCAAAAGAAUAUGAUCCUGAUAAUUGGUUUACCAUUGACCCAAUUACAGCUGAAAUCAAACUUACUAAAGUACCUGAUCGCGAGUCUAUAUAUGUAGUUGAUGGUUCCUAUGUCGCAAAGAUAUUGGCAAUAAGUGAAGAUCUUCCAGGAAAGACUGCUACUGGCACAAUCUCUAUUGACGUGGAAGAUGUCAAUGACAAUUGUCCAAUUUUAGUAAAUGCAGCACAAACUGUUUGUGAAAACUCGCCAUUCAUCAACCUGACUGCAGAGGAUAAGGAUUCCUAUCCCAAUAGUGCUCCCCUAAAAUUUACAGUGCUGGAUGAACCAACUGGAAAUGCAAAGUACUGGUCAAUCGGAAAAACUGAUGAUAACAGUGCACAACUUAUACCAAAAAAUAUUUGGAUAGGAUCACAUCAAGUUAAUAUUCUAAUAACGGACAAUAAAGGUCUGAGUUGUCCAGAAAAGCAGGUCCUGAAACUGUCAGUGUGUGCCUGUGAGGGUGACAUUCCAGCCUGCUCCGAAAGACUAUCGAACACGUCUGUAGGCCUGGGAGGAGGCGCUGUUGCACUCAUGAUUCUUGCAUGUUUGCUGUUACUAUUGGUGCCACUUUUAUUGCUUUUGUGCUCCUGUGGCUCGAACGGGAAAGGAUUUUUAACAGUUCCAGAAGAUGGUCCUGAAGGAACAAUUCUGAUACACAACAAAGAAGGACCUGUACCGGAGGACACAGCCAUCAUGCCACUUGCAAUUGGAGCCAUUGGUGCUGCUGGAGCAGGGGCUGGGGCUGCAGCCGGUGCUGGAAUGCAAAAAGGCAGUGGUUAUGCAAUGGAAGCUAUGGACGGAUAUGAAUACAGUGCAAAGGGGAUGUACAGUUCCAGUAUGUAUGGAAUGGGUGGACGAUAUGAAGAAACUGGGGCUCUGCUAACUGCGGGAGAAAUGUCAGCUGGAGCUGGCAUGAGAGGUAUUGGUGUUCUGGGCUCAGGAAGCGGAGCUGGAGCUGGAGCUCAGGUCUCCUUUGGUGGUGCAGGUGCCAGUGGAAGCCAGGUUGUUCUGAAUGAAGAAUUCAUGAGAGGCUAUUUCUUUGAUAGAGGUAUGAUGUGUGCUGAUGAAGACAUGGCCCAGGCAGCCAAAGACUGUUUACUUAUGUAUUCACAAGAAGGAGCUGGAUCAAUUUCUGGGUCUGUUGGCUGUUGUAGUUUAAUUGAAAGUGAUUUUGAAGAUGACGGUUAUCUGGAUGAUCUGGGACUGAAGUUCAAAGUUUUAGCAGAUAUUUGCCUAGGUGUAAAUGUAGACAGCGAUGCAGAAAUAUCCAAGUAUACAGCCUAUGAGGAAGUUCGACAAGGGGCUGUAUUGUCAGAAGUAGCAGCAGAUAUUGAUCUAGCUCAUAAAGAAGAGGUGGAACAACAUGGUUACGAAAUGCAAAGCUCUUAUAUGUCAUCGAAAUCUCAUGUUCAAGAGGCUCAACCAAUAGUAAGGGAGAAUGUGGUGUCUGAAGAAUCUCUUGUUAGUUCUAGAUAUGUGCAGGAGCCCAUAAUGCGUGGUAAUGUUCUGGUCACAGAGAAAACGUACACCACUGCUCCUAGGGUAUUUUUUGAGCCUGUUCAUAGACAGAAUGUUAUGGUGACAGAACGAGUAAUUCGGCCUGCCGCCAGCUUGCAUAAUGUACUGGAGGUUACUGAUGCAGAAAAUGUUAUGUUGACUGGACGAGUAAUCAAGUCUGAAAAAGAGUUGUCUGGCCUGGUGGGUGUAGCAGAAGUCCCUGAGUCCCAGUAUCUGCUGGUCACAGAACGAGUUCUUGCACCCAACACCAAUAUCAAAGCUGCUGUUAGUAUUCCUGAUGUGUCUAUGGGGAAAAAUGUGAUGGUGACAGAGAGACAUUUUACCCCAAUAUCUGGGAUUAAUGGUAAUGUGGUCAUUCCUGCAGAGUUUGCAGCUGGCCCUAGUAUGGUAAAUAAGAGCAUCUCUAUCUCAGAUAGUUUAAAUCAAGGACGAUCUGUGUAUACAAAAGGGGGAUUUGGGGUGGAAGAAACUCCAUCUUCAGGCAGCGCUGUAGAGAAUUCGACAAGCAGAGUGACAAAAUACAGUAAGGUACAAUAUACUCGUUCCUAAGCCAGUCUUCUAGAACACUGGAUUUUGCGGAAUAUUUUGAUGUUAGAGUGUUUUAUACAAAGCCACUGAGAUGUUAUACAAAAGCACAGAGUUGCACUAAAAUUCAGGAAUUUGUUAAAAUCUAUUUUACAUUAAAAAAAGGAAAAAAAUAAUCUUAAGAAUCCAUAUCAUAAGUCCUGCUGAGCCACUGAGAAGACUAUUUGUAAACUUGAUAUGCUAAAUCAUUUGUCAUGGUGGAAAUAGAAUGUAAAUACAA